AUGAGUCUGUGGACCAACCGAUCCUCCGCUGACUUUUACGCCGGGACGCAGCAGCCGUCUCUCGGCUCCAACUCGUCCAUCAACCGCAGCGCCGGCUCGCAGCCCCCCGGAGCCGCCCCGCUGGACCUCAGCCGGGCGGUGCCGGUGGGCAUGGUGCUGGCCUUCUUCAUCAUGUUCGCCAUCGUGGGGAACAUCCUGGUCAUCCUGUCGGUGGUCUGUAACCGACACCUGCGGAUCCCGACCAACUACUUCAUCAUCAACCUGGCCAUCGCCGACCUGCUGCUGGGGACCACCGUGCUGCCGGUGUCCGCCACGCUGGAGGUUUUGGAUUACUGGGUGUUUGGUCGGAUCUUCUGUGACAUCUGGGCGGCGGUGGACGUCCUGUGCUGCACGGCGUCCAUCAUGUCUCUGUGCGUCAUCUCCAUCGACCGGUACAUCGGCGUCCGCUACCCGCUGCAGUACCCGAUGAUCGUCACAGAGAAGCGGGCGCUGCUCGCCAUGCUGGGCGUCUGGGUCCUCGCCAUCAUCAUCUCCAUCGGCCCGCUGCUGGGCUGGAAGCAGCCGCCAUCGCAGGACGACACGGUUUGUCUCAUCACCGAGGAACCGUUCUACGCCCUCUUCUCGUCGCUCGGGUCCUUCUACAUCCCUCUGGCGGUCAUCCUCGCCAUGUACUGCCGCGUCUACGUCGUGGCCAAACGCACCACCAAGAACCUGGAGGCCGGCGUGAUGAAGGAGCGUCAGGAGGACUCCAACGAGCUGACCCUGAGGAUCCACUGCAGGAACCAGCAGAUCCAGGAGCUGUGCCCUGCCUCCAAGGCCGGAGGGGGCGGGGCCUCGGCCGGACGCAGCACGCUCACCGUCAAACUGCUGAAGUUCUCCAGAGAGAAGAAGGCAGCGAAGACGCUGGGCGUGGUGGUGGGCAUGUUCAUCCUCUGCUGGCUGCCUUUCUUCCUGGCUCUGCCCAUCGGUUCGUUCAACAGCAGCCUGCGUCCUCCUGAAACCUUCUUCAAAGUCAUCUUCUGGUUGGGAUACUUCAACAGCUGCCUGAACCCCAUCAUCUACCCCUGCUACAGCCGCGAGUUCAAACAGGCUUUCAUCCGGAUCCUUCGCUGUCGCUGGAAGAGGAAGCGUCAAGGUUGGCAGGCGUACUACAACUACCGCUGCCAUCAGGGCUCCAACACCUCAUCCUUCCUGAACGGCAGCCAGCAGACGCUGUCAUCCAUCAGCCCCAGCCCGCGCUGCGUGGCCUCCAGACUCCGCCCCCCGCCGUGGCCCUCCUCCUCCGACCGAGAGCUGCUCCCCGGGUCGACGGGGAGAGGGCGGCCCGGCCCGGUGUCCCCGCUCGCUAAGGAUGCCGGGAAGGUGUCGGACAUCUGCGUGGGACACGGGGCGGCGACGAACGGUCAGAGCUAG